UUUCUUUUUCAGUCAUGGGCAUUUUGCAUUUUUGGGCCUGAAAAUAUUGGAGAGACAUGUGUUUUCCAGACUUGGGCUUUAAUGGGUUUCCGUUAGAUUUUUCAUGUUUGUAGCUUUUCCUUUUUUUUUUUUUGGGGUUUUAGAGUUUUAGUCUCCUUCCCUCUUAUCUAAUCCUCCUCCAUGAAGGUGGUAGGUUGAUGGUGAGGGUUGACUUCUUUUCCAAGGAGAGAGAGAGAGAGUCAGAUAAUUAGAAAUCUUUGCUACCAAGUCUUUUUGUGCCUUUUCUUUUCUAUUCUUGUUUCUUUUGUAUUUUAUAAUUCUAAUUCCUACUUAAUUGCCAAUCUUAUGAACACAAGAUUUUUAUCAUUUUCUUGGCUGACUUCUACAAUUGAUUAGCUUAUUCUUGAUCCCCAAAAGAAGCUGCUUUGCUGCUUCACAUUCUAUAGUUUGAAUGCGGGGAUGGAUUGUGUUGUCAAGGUGAUAAAUGCUAAAGGCUGCCAUCCAAGCUACUGUGGACUGAGACAAAGAUUUUAAUCCACAAUGGUUAGCUUACGAAGGCGUAAACUCUUAGGAUUAUGUGCUGGGAGAAGUUCUUUCUUGACUCCACUUCCUCGAUUUUUUGACAACGGAGCAGCUCAUGUAAGCUCUACCCAGAGGUCUGUCAGUGUACAUCCCCUGCCUUCAGAUGAUAUCAAGCAGCCAGGAGAGAAAAACAUUGUCAAAGUAGGAGCUGGUUUGUCAAAUAUAUCAGCUUCUAGCUCAUCGAAAGAACAGCAAUCUCAACCAUAUCCAGGGCAACCGAUUAAACGGAGAAAGCGACACAGAAGAAAGCAUGUUCAAAACCAAGAACAAUGUGUAAUGAGAGGUGUCUAUUUCAAGAAUAUGAAAUGGCAGGCAGCAAUUAAAGUCGACAAGAAGCAAAUCCACUUGGGGACGGUUGGUUCACAAGAAGAGGCUGCCCGAUUGUAUGACAGGGCUGCGUUCAUGUGUGGGAGGGAACCCAACUUUGAGCUCUCUGAGGAGGAGAAACAAGAACUUAGAAAAUUCAAGUGGGAUGAAUUUUUGGCAAUUACUCGAAGUGCAAUUAAUAAUAAAAAACAUAAGAGACGGAGCGGAGCAGGGUUGCAAAAGAGAUGUGAACCUGAGCUGCAGAAUGGUGAUUGGGAUGGAAAGCAAGGAGUUAACAGCCCUUCAGCUUCAGAAGAUGUGGAGCCAGACUCGUCCAACUCCUGAAUAUUCUUGAAGCCAAACAAUCUGGUUUAACAAUGCAGUUUUAGCCUGUUCGCCUCCAGUUUUGGUGUACAGAGUCCCCUAUUAGAGCAGAUGAUGGCAGAUCUCGUCCUUCAGUAAGGAGAUAAUUACAGUCUUAACUCAAUAAAGAGACAGAAAGCACUAUAUUAAACGCGCGACACUGUCUGCAAUCUCCAUCAUCUGCAGACCUGUUAAAUGCAUAUAGCUAUAGUUACCUUUUUCUUUUGCCCCUCUGUUUCACUGCCAUUAUGGAAGUCGGAAAUCGCAGAAGCAAAAUAUUUUUUGCACAAUAGUCUAAAUUGAGUCUUCCAUUAAUCAUGUACUGUAUUCAUUAAUAUAUUCCAUGCAAUUUGUCAGAGAAAUGUUUAGCAGUGUCCUAGUAAGCUGAAAGAGUAUUUAUACUGAGACAGGACUGUGGGUUUUGCCUAGUUGAGCUCAGUUUUCGGCUGCA